AAACCUCAGAGAAUAAGGAAGCAGAUAUGUGAGAGAGACUGAUGGGUGUUUGUGCUUGUAAUCACAAUUUACAUUAAGGUCCACAUUUCAUCAGCUCUUGCUCUCUCUGGAUUGUGAUCUGAUCUGGUUUUUCUCUCAAUAUCUGUGAGACUGAAGUCAAUCAGGAAUGAGGGCCUUCAUCAUCAUCUUCAUCACUCUCUGUCUGAUCUCAGGUCAGGUUCUGUGUUUUAAAGUGAUCGGCUGCUCUGGAGGGAGUGUGAUGUUCAAGUGCAUGAAGACAAACCAGAGAGAGUCUUCUGAUCAGUUUAAAGGAAAGUAUUUCUGCAGAAACAGAGACUGUACGACAGGAAUCAGUACUGAGACUCGGCACCGCUGGGUUAAUAAUGAGAGAUUCGCUCUGUAUGACGAUGAAAACAGAGGAUUCUUCUCCGUGUUCAUCAGGAAGCUCAGCAGAGAGGAUGCUGGGAAAUACACAUGUGGAAACAACCAUGAAUGGAGUCGUGAUGUUGAGUUAAAGGUGAACAACAACUCUUCUUCUUGUGGGACGUCUGUUAUCCAAUCUGCAUAUAAAGGUCAAACGAUCACUUUCAGCUGUGAAUAUGAACACAAGUUUGAAACACACACCAAAGUCUUGUACAGAGUGAAGCGAGAUCCUGUGUUUCUGCUGAAGAUCUCUCAAUCAUCACAAUCAUCUGAAGAGAAGUUCAUCCUGUCUGACAAUCAGAGAGAUCACUUUACUGUGACCAUCAGAAACAUUUCUGAAGAGGAGCGUGGAGUUUAUUUAUGUGGAGUGGAGAGAGACGGAGAAGAUAAACCACCUUCAGAAACAUCAAUUACUCACAUAACCUUCAUUAAAGAGAUUGAGCUGAAAGUUCAUAGUCAGAUAUCUUCUGUCCAGGUUGAGGCCUACAUCAGUAAAUCAGUCUUCAUCACGUGUGAAUUUCCAGAAGAAUUCAAAGAAAACCAGAAAUUCAUCCAAAUACAUUCAUCACAGAAGAUCUCUGUUAAAGAACAGAAUCAGUGGAUCCAUCAUGAUAGAGUUCACAUGUAUGAUGAUACCAGUUCAGGAGUUUUGAAGGUUUUUAUCAGUGAUUUAACUGAAGCUGAUGAAGUAACGUACAGAUGUGGAGUGAAAACUGUUAACGAUCAUCUGUUCAUGAAGAUCAAACUGAAGAUCAAUCAAGGUGAUCAUUUCCCUGAAUCAAGUGAAUCAGCUGCUGUUAUUGGUGAAAGUGUGAAACUCAGCUGUAAUUCCCCUGAGAAACAGCAGUCCAUCAAACACAUCUGUAAAGAGAACAAGAAGAAGAUCUGUCAGAACAUCAGUUCAUCAGAGAAGCAGCGCUUUGAGUUUUCUGACAGUACAGCAGGAGUUUUUACAGCGAGCAUCAGUAAUGUGAGACUGAGAGAUGCUGGAGUUUACUGGUGUGGAGCAGAAACCAGACACAAGCAUCUGACUUCUGUUUCUCUCACCAAUAAACAUCAACUGAUUUUAACCAUGCCUCCAGUGAUCGGACGUGAAGGAGAUUCAGUCCAGAUCAAAUGCCCUUAUGAUGAAAAACACACUAAAGAAAUGUGUCUGCGCAAAGGAAAGUGUUUGAGUAAAGAAGUAAAGUAUCUGUGUAAAGGAAAGUGUUUCACUGAAGAUGCUCAAAUUAUCAUUCGGUCAGAUGAAGAUCAAGUUAAAAACCCAAAGAUUUCAGUAAAGGACGACACUGAACUCAAUCUCUUCACUGUGAACAUGACUGAGCUGAGAGCAGAGGAUGCUGGGAAAUACUGGUGUGCAGUGAAAGAUGUGUUUAAUCUUCCCAUUGAGCUCAUGAUCAUCAGGAAGGACGCGAUCACUCAUGAAGCGUCUGUCGGAGGAUCAGCGUCCAUCAGCUGUAAACACAUCAGGAAACAAACACAGAGGUUUUUCUGCAGAGGAGAUCAGCCCAAUAUCUGCUUCAGAGACGGAGUUCAUGAUUCAUCAGAUAACAGCAGAUUCUCUCUGACUGAAGAAACCUUUACUGUGAAGAUCAGCGAUCUGAGAGCAGAGGAUUCUGGGAAAUACUGGUGUGCAGAGGAGAGCUCUGGGUCCUUCAUAUUCACUGAAGUUCAGCUACACGUGACCGGAGGCUUUCCUGUGACAGCUGUGGUUUCUGUCGGUUUGAUCCUGCUGGCUGUGGGUUUAGUGCUUGUGUUGUUCAAAAUAAAACUCCGCAGUAAACAUGACAUCAUUUCAUCAGAAAGAAGAGAGGCAGGAGAUCAUGAAACUGCUCAAGAAGAGAGUCAAGGCUUAGAUCCUGAAUCAACUAAUCUCUAUUCGACAGUUCGGUCACCCACAAUCCCCUCUGAUUCAGAGAAUCCACUUUACUCCACAGUUCAGUUACCCACAAUCCCCUCUGAUGGGCUCCUGUACGCUGCUGUCAGUUUCCAGAAGCAUGAAGAGUCUCUCAGUGAAGCUACAGUCAGAUUCAGUAAAGAGGAGACUCACUGUGAUUACGCAUCUGUCAAUCACAACCUCUCGCCAAAUUAAUAUUACCAAUGGA